ACCGAUAGUUCUAGCAGAUACAGUCCUCCGCCAACGCUGAGGAGUAGCGGUCGUGCAUCAGAAUUCGUGUGGCCCUCGUGUGGUCAAUCAGCCAUUCAGCGGUACGGAAACGCAUCGCGAUUCUGUCUCUCUGUUGUGUGUGGAUCUCUGGGAUCAUCGGUGCACGGGGGUAAGCGUUGCGUUGCAAACAGGACCAACAGCAAAUAGAAAGAUGAUCGGUAAUCGUGUGAUCAAUCUGCUGAUCGUUGCGACGCUGGCUCUGGCAGGCCAAACAGUGCUGGCACUAGAGCUGGGACAGGAUUGCGUGAAUCCGGUUGGUGAGGCCGGCAAGUGUGUCCUGUUUCGUGAGUGUCAACCCUUGGUCGACAUUUACAACAAGCCGGUCAACACGCCGGACGAUACGCAAUUCCUCACCGAGAGUCGCUGCGGUCUCUACGAGCGUAAAACUUUGGUUUGCUGUGCGGGGGUAAGAUCCAAAGGCAAAACUUCGCUCCCAGAAUCACCAAACUGUGGGGUGCAGCUGACGGACCGUGUCAUCGGCGGACAGCCGACCAAGAUCGACGAAUUCCCGUGGACGGCGCUGAUCGAGUACGAGAAACCGAACGGCCGGUUCGGAUUCCACUGCGGUGGUUCGGUCAUCAACGAACGCUACAUCCUCACCGCGGCCCAUUGCAUCACGUCGAUUCCGCGCGGCUGGAAGGUGCACCGAGUUCGUCUGGGCGAGUGGGAUCUUUCCUCGACCACCGACCAGGAGGAUGACUUCUACGCGGACGCCCCGAUCGAUCUGGACAUUGAAAAGAUUAUCGUCCACCCCGGCUACAACCUGCAGGACAAGAGCCACCAUAACGACAUUGCGCUGAUACGCUUCAACCGCGAGAUUAACUACUCGAGCACGAUACGCGCGAUCUGUUUGCCGCUGUCCAACUCGCUGCGCAACCGGAAGCACGCCGGCCUGUCGAGCUAUGCGGCCGGCUGGGGCAAAACAGAGACGGCUUCGGCGAGCCAGAAAAAGCUGAAGGUGGAGCUGACGGUGGUCGAUGUGAAGGAUUGCUCACCGGCGUACCAGCGCAACGGCAUCUCCCUCGACUCGACGCAGAUGUGUGCCGGUGGCAUUCGUGGCAAGGAUACGUGCAGCGGCGACUCGGGCGGCCCGCUGAUGCGACAAAUGACCGGAUCGUGGUACCUGAUCGGUGUCGUUAGCUUCGGGCCGCAGAAGUGCGGAGCGCCUGGCGUGCCGGGCGUGUACACGAAUGUGGCCGAGUAUGUGGACUGGAUAAAGGACAAUAUCUACUAGGUGGGCGGGUUGUACUGGAGGGAACGCAUUACUAAAAACGCGGACAAAAUGAUGCGCGGGUUUGCACGACUUGUAACGAGCGACUCAAAUAAAAACUAAUGCAUUUUAAUACUCAAAUGAAAUGAAA